CAUGGCCCUGGUUCUUCUGCUGCUGCCUCUGUUGCUCUCAAAGGUCCAGGGGGAUCCCGAGGUUUCUCUGGAGGGCAGCCCUGGGGACCGGGUGAAUCUCUCCUGCAUAGGGGUCUCAGAUCCCACCCGCUGGGCUUGGGCGCCUAGUUUCCCUGCGUGCAAGGGCCUGUCCAAAGGGCGCCGUCCGAUCCUGUGGGCCUCGUCCCCAAAUGUGUACGCACACUUCUCUGGCCGCCUGCGGUCCCUGGACACUGGUAUCAAGCGGCUGGAGCUCCUGCUGAGCGCCGGGGAUUCUGGCACCUUUUUCUGCAAAGGGCGCCAAGAGAAUGAGAGCCGCACGGUGCUUCAAGUGUUAGGGGACAAAGCAGACUGCAAGACUUCAGAAUCUACCCACGGUUCCGGGUAUCCCAAGGUCCUGAUUGCUCUGCUGGGCGUUGGGCUGGUGCUGGGACUGGGUGUCUCGGGCUUGGUCUGGUGGCGGCGCAGGCACUCGUCCCCGCCCCCGCCCUUGCCUCGACCAUUCCCCACAUUUGCUCCAGUCACAAAUGCUGAGCCGCAGCGGCCUUUAGAGCAGGAGUCCAAGAUCUCAGGCCAUGUGGAGCAGGAGCCGAGUCUGCACUAUGCUGAUCUGGACCACUCCGCCCUCGGGAGGCACCGCCGGACGUCCACAGUGGUUCCUGGUGAUGCCGCCACUGUUUAUGCUGUUGUAGUUUAA